AUGGCAGCACCAACCUUCCGUCCUCGUAUUGUGAUCACGGACUUUGAAUGCUCACAGAUGCAGGCAUGGGUUCAGGUCUACAAUGUAAUUGUUCAAGGGUGCUAUUGGCAUUUCUCCAGAGCUGUCACCAUCCUGAGCCGGACUAUGGGCCUCACAAAUUUUCUGGGCUACCAUGAUAGGGCUCACUCAAUUGUCAGUAGCCUCCUAGCUCUACCUUUGCUCCCCAACCACAUGAUUGAAGAAGGAUUUAUGAGCCUAGCACAUGAGGCUGCUGAUCUUGGCAUCUAUGCCCUUCUUCAUCAGUUCUUUCUAAAGAUUCAUGAAACUUGGCUGGCAGGAUUUCGUUUCCAAAUGUUGUCGGUAUUCUUAGCAGAGCACCGCACAAAUGUUUCUGAGUCUGCAAACAGAAUGCUGAGGUUGAGAACACAAGUUCACCACGCAAAUGUGUCAUUGUUCUUGGAAGCCAUCCGAUCAAUGGAAACCAACAGCUAUUUGGAUUUGGUAAGUCUUCACGGACACAUCAAUCCUGGUAGGCCACGUAGGGCAUCUGCCAUUAAUAAUGAUGCCUACAUCAUUAACAUCUCACAUGACCUGAUGGCAGGUCAUCUCACUACAAAUAGAUUUUUGCACCUUGCCAGUACACGAACCAUUAAAUUUACCAAAACAGAAAAACUGAACAUGAGGGAAUUCCUUGAUGUCGAAAGCCUCUAG